AUGCCGUCUCAGCAUAAAGAAACAUCUAAAAAAUUCGAAGGGGUUGAUCAAAAACCGACUACUAGCUUUAAUAUCUCUGAAAUUGCAAGAGGCAAUGAAACAGUAAAAAGAACAGACACAAAGCCGAGAUUAUUGUUCCAAACUCCUAAGUCCGCCUAUGAAUCUAGCUUGCGAACUCCCUUAAUUCAUAAAGCUAUCAUUAGUGAUGCAAGAGUUGAUCUUAUCGAUUUUAUUUUGAAAUGCUGUAUUCGUCUGCAAUUACCGAUGACAAUUGUCGCGGCCGUAUUAAAAUACCCGAAUGUUCCUCUGGAUGAUUGUGACAAACUAAAGAAAACCGUUAAGAUCAUGAUGUCUAACGUCAAAAACGCAAUUGGUCGGAAGUCACUCAAUAAGACGCCUAUUGACUCAGCAUCGCGUGUAAUUCAUACCUUAAAAGAUGAAUUCGAUCCAAAUGCAAACCCAUUGUUCAAUAAGUUUGUGCAAAAUGUUUGGACAAUGAUUAUCAACUGCCUUUAUUCUACUCGCAUAGCAAUGACAUAUAGUUCUGAUGAACUGGCCACGGCGGUUAUCUACAUCACUUCUGGCAACGUUGGAAUUGAUUUGAAAAGAGAUUUUGAUGUGUUUUGCGCUGAAUCUAGUAGUAGCGAUCCUUCAAGAAUCAAAGCGGUAUUGAGUUGA